GGUGUUCACGUGACAUGAUGGGACGGUGGACAAAGCGCGUAUAAUUAACACAUUCAUUCGAAGGAUUUGCCUCUUCUUUCUUCAUUAGCAGAGAGACACACUACUUGGUCAAAAGUGUCGCAUUCAGCAUCACGUGGCCAUCUUUUCCAAUACAAUUCGGCAUAUAUAAAUACCCCGCUUAUGUACUGCUUCCCCCACCAAUCCUCUUCAACAAUAUUUUUUCAGUACAACAGGAUUAAGAGUUAGGACCUUCACUUUAUCGUCUCUCUACUCUCUCUUAUACAAUAUUCUUUCUUCUUCGAAUUGUUUUUCCAAGCUAUUCUAUUCCUUGAGCCUUUCUCCAAUUUUAUUUCAUUAGCUCUUUUCCCACCCUUAAUUUACCCCAAAAAACAAAAAUGAGGCUACUGUCUACAAAAGCCACAUGCAACUCUCACGGCCAAGAUUCUUCAUACUUCCUAGGAUGGCAGGAAUACGAGAAGAACCCUUUCGAUGAGGUUCUGAAUCCCAAGGGAAUUAUUCAGAUGGGUCUUGCAGAGAAUCAGCUCUCUUUCGAUCUCCUAGAGUCUUGGCUCGCAAAAAACCCUGACGUGCCUGGAUUCAAAAGCGAAGGCAAAUCCAUAUUCCGUGAGCUUGCUCUCUUCCAAGACUACCAUGGCCUCCCUUCCUUCAAGAAGGCAUUGGUAGACUUCAUGGCAGAGAUUAGAGGAAACAGAGUCACUUUUGAUCCCAAUCACAUUGUUCUAACAGCCGGUUCCACCUCAGCAAACGAGACCCUCAUGUUUUGCCUCGCGGAAAAAGGAGAGGCCUUCCUCCUUCCCACUCCUUAUUACCCAGGAUUCGAUAGAGAUCUCAAGUGGCGAACUGGGGUGGAGAUCGUUCCAAUACAAUGCACAAGCUCAAAUAACUUCCAAGUCACUGAACCUGCUUUGCAACAAGCUUAUCAAGACGCCAAGAAGCGCAACCUAAGAGUCAAAGGCGUGCUGGUGACAAACCCAUCGAACCCACUAGGCACUACAAUGUCCCGGGGUGAACUGAACCUACUCAUUGACUUCAUCAAAGACAAAGACAUGCAUUUAAUAAGCGACGAGAUUUACUCCGGGACCGUUUACAACUCCCCAGGCUUCGUUAGCGUCAUGGAAAUCCUUAAGGAUAGAAAUGACCUUGACAUUUGGGACAGAGUUCACGUUGUCUAUAGUCUCUCCAAAGACUUGGGUUUACCAGGAUUCCGUGUGGGCGCCAUCUAUUCUGAAAACCACGCCGUUGUGGCGGCUGCGACAAAAAUGUCAAGCUUCGGUUUGGUUUCCUCGCAAACCCAGUACCUCCUCGCAGCCAUGCUCGGUGACAAGAAGUUCACCAAAAACUACAUCUCUGAGAACCAAAAGAGGCUGAAACGACGUCAGAGAAACCUCGUUUCAGGCCUUCAGAAAGCAGGCAUUAGCACCCUCAAGACCAACAAUGCAGGCUUGUUUUGCUGGGUUGACAUGAGACACCUUCUCCAUUCCAACACAUUCGAAGCUGAGAUGGACCUUUGGAAGAAGAUACUCUACGAGGUUCGGUUGAACAUCUCACCAGGCUCGUCCUGCCACUGUACCGAACCUGGCUGGUUCCGAAUGUGUUUCGCUAACAUGUCCGAGGACACUCUAAACCUAGCCAUGAACCGGUUGAAGACCUUCGUGGAAGAGUCCAGCGACAACGGGUGCGCCAAGAAAAGAGUUCAGUCUUCGGGAACUUCUUCAAGAAGAAAGUCACUCUCCAAUUGGGUUUUCCGGCUAUCGUCUCGCGACCACCGUGAGCAAGAAGAACGAUAGCCAGGUCGUGACGUGAACUGUGCCAAGUCUGAACGCAUGCAUAAUUAACUUUAUUCAUUUCUUUUUCCUCCCCGAAUAUUUUUGGUGGAGUUACAAGUUAUAACCACUUGUUGUUAUUAAUUAUUAUUACUAUUUUUUCUUUUUGAAUGGUAAAAUUGUAGCUAGAGAGAGAAAGACGAGCACUCUGUCCGUUUGGAUGUGAAGUGUGGUCUUUAAUUAGUCAGCUACCAUCGUUUGUAUAACUUCUAUCUCAAUCAUCAAUAUAUUACCUUAUGCAUGAAA